AUGUCUAGUGGAGGUGGUGAGAGUGGAGCUAAAAAAGCAGAGGAAUUACAUGCUCAUCCAGUUAUGGAGCAACUUAAGAAUGUACAAUACUGUGUUAACAGCCCACCACCUUUGUCAGAAGGAUUAUUCUUGGGGUUUCAACAUUACAUAUUGAGUCUUGGUAAUAUUGUCUUAAUUCCAAGCAUCCUAGUUCCUCAAAUGGGAGGUGGCAAUGAUGAGAAGGCAAAAGUAGUACAGACAAUGCUGUUCAUUUCAGGAGUGAAUACAUUACUACAAUCCUUAUUUGGGACCAGAUUGCCAUUGGUAAUAGGUGGUUCAUAUGCAUACUUGAUACCAAUUACCUCAAUUAUCCAGGCUAAUAGGUCCUCAGUUCUUCAGGAUCCUGAGCUGAGUUUUAUGCAUACAAUGAGAGGCAUACAGGGAGCUCUUAUUGUUACUUCUGGUUUCCAAAUUAUAAUGGGCUUCCUUGGCCUGUGGAGAAAUCUUGUAAGGCUACUUAGCCCUCUAUCUGUGACACCACUUGUUACUUUGACUGGACUAGGGCUCUACCAUCUCGGUUUCCCAUUGAUUGCAGAAUGUAUCGAAGUUGGGAUACCACAGUUGAUUUUCAUGGUUGUCAUCACACAGGAAGAUCAGGGGCUUCAGGUUGAUUAUCCUGAACAUCAUCUCCAACUUGUCUCGGCACCACUGUUGGAGGCAACUCAAACUCAGCAGAAUCAUCAGUGGACUUCUCUACUUUGUCAAUGUCUUCAAUUGCUUUGCAGCCAAAUACCCGUAAUUGAUCAUAAGAGAUAUCUCUUCCUGACCAAAUCUUUUCUGGAGCCUCGUACUGAAGAGGGACACAGGGUGAAUGGUUCAGCACAUAGGCUGCUCCAAGCCAUUCAACUGGGGAGUUUUAGGAGGUGUGAACUGAUGUCGAAUACCAUGCUCUUUACAGUAAGCAUCAAAUUGACCCUGGUAUUCACCGCCAUUGUCUGUCCGGAUGCACUUCAACUUCUUACCAGUCUCUCUUUCCACCAAGGUCAGAAACUGUUUGAAAACUUGAAACACUUGAUCCUUGGUCUUCAGCGUCUAAACAGUCAGCACACUUCUUCAACUGGAUCUGGUUUAGACCUGAUUGAUAAUGUCGUCAUCGUAGACAACGUUGAACUCACCAAAGGAGUUCGUUUCAUCAUCACUGCUUUCUUCGGGCUUCACCUUUUUGCCUUUGUUCUUCUUCUGGUCAUUCUGGAACUGUCGGCAAAAUCUUUUGAUAUGCCCCUUCUUUUUGCAGUAAUGGCACUCAACAUUUGCAAAUUUGUUGGAUUUACCUCUGCUCUUAUCUCUGUUACUCUGGCUCUUAUUUUGACUUCUCCCCCUGGUCAAUUGGUGAUUGAAACCUUCAAGGUUUCCCAUGACUCUGGGAGUGUUGCCAGCACCAUAAGAGCAAGUUUAAAAAAUAAGUUUCUUCUAACUUAUAGCAUUCUUCAUAUCGUUUAUCCUCUUCCUACUCGAAUUGAUUCCCUGAACGUAAUAAUGUUCUUGCAGUAUCUACCAACAUAUCUCAAAUUAAAGAGGCCCAUAUGUGACCGGUUUGCAAUGCUCUUCUCUAUAGCAAUUAUAUGGUUUUAUGCAGCAAUCUUGACCUGGAGUGGUGCAUACAAGAAUGCAAAGGAAGCAACUUGUCGCACUGAUAGCUCUGGACUCAUUUCUGGAUCUCCUUGGAUAGAUAUACCAUAUCCGUUUCAAUGGGGGGUUCCUACCUUCAACUUUGGAGAUGCUUUAACCAUGAUGUUCGCUUCUUUUGUUGCUUCAGUUGAGUCAACUGGUGUAUUCCUUGCAUCAGCAAGAUAUGGAAGCGCUACACCAGUGCCACCUUCUGUCAUUAGUCGGGGUGUUGGUUGGCUGGGGAUAGGGACUUUGCUAAAUGCUGCUUUUGGUUGUGUCACUGGUUGCACUGCUACAGCGGAAAAUGCUGGUCUCUUGGCAAUGACAAGAGUUGGAAGCCGAAGAGUCGCACAAAUAUCUGCUGCUUUUAUGAUUUUCUUCUCCAUUUUAGGAAAAUUUGGAGCAAUUUUUGCUUCAAUACCUGCAUCAAUCAUGGCUGCCAUAUAUUGUAUUUUCUUUGGAUAUGUCUCAUCUGCUGGUAUUGGAUUUCUCCAAUUCUGUAACCUUAACAGCUUUAGAACAAAGUUCAUACUGGGAUUCUCUCUUUUCCUUGGAUUUUCCUUACCUCAGUACUUCAGAGAGCAUCACCUUUGUUCUGGAUCUGGUCCUCUUCAUACACAUUCAAGAUGGUUUAAUGACAUAAUGUCUGUCAUCGUCAUGUCACACGCCACGGUAGCUGCUGUAGUUGCUGUAUUUUUGGACAGAACCCUCCCAUUUAGUAACGAUGAAGCUCGAAAAGAUAAUGGUUCGCAUUGGUGGGACAAGUUUGUGUUAUAUGCUAAAGAUGUUAGAAGUGAUGAGUUCUAUAAAUUACCAUGCAAACUUAAUAGGUUCUUCCCACCUUAUUAGUCAAAAAAAAAUGCCUUGACUGUUUUGUUUGGUUGUUUCCUUCAUAAGCAAUAGGCCUUCUCUCAUGUGUAAAAUCUGAUAACCUAAAUUUUUCUUUUUGUUUUGUUCUUUUUAUUCAUCAUAAUGAAAUUAUACAUCAUUCUGUUGACGUUA